GCAGACUCAUCCACAGCACUGAGGAGACUGCCCCUUGGUGUGUCCUCUCCUGCCUUCCUGCUCAGGUAGUAGGGGUUUCCUGCUUACAUGCUGUAGCAGGCACCUUCCUUGCUCUGCAAGUUUCUCUAUGCCUGGAACAGAAAUUGUUGGGUGAUACAGCAGAAACAUUACAAUGGCGGCAGAGGUGAGGACUCAGUUGGCUGAACAUCCACUGACAAGUCCAAAGGCCAAGCUGAAACCGGAGAAGAAGUCUGGGCACCGGCCAGAGAGCCAUGGGGACAGUGGGCCACAGAAAGCACAGGCACCACCCCCACCCGAAACGUGUGACCCAUAUCCAAGAUCUCACUGGGAAGCCCGUCUGUGUCGUGAGGGACGAGUUCUCUCUGAUCCCCUUGCCUUGGUCUACCCCCUUACCCCGCUGUCUGACGGGGAUGCCCACCAUCUCUAUACCCAUCGGGGACCCACAGUCCAAUCGGAACCCCUGGCUCUCUUUUGUCCUGGCUCCAGGUACCUAAAGGAAGUGAAGCUAUAUCAGACGGUGUGUAUCCAAACACAAGCAUCCACCAACAUGCUCACCAGCAUGUCCCAGCAACGCCCCAGGAAGGACAUCAACACCACCCCCUUUAGAAAGCCCUGGAAGAGGGAGUUGAAGGAGCUGACUUCCCGAGUGGCUGUCUUUACCAAGGAGACAGAACUGAAGAACAAAGAGCAGAAGGAGGAGCCUCCAAGGGAGCGGGGAGCAAAGUACUCUGCUGAGACUGGAAGGCUCAUUCCUGUCUCCACCCAAGCUCUCAGUCGCCGCAGCUUUCACCAGCGACAGCGGAGCCACUCUUCCAACAGAGAUGGAGGAGCCCAGGCCUCCCUCCUGCAGGACCAGGAGCUUCUGAUCCUGGAGCUUCUCUGCCAGAUUCUGCAGACAGAUUCACUGAGUGCCAUCCAGCUCUGGCUGCUCUACGCGCCCCUUCAGGAGAAAGACCUUGCUCUAGGCCUCCUGCAAACUGCCGUGGCUCAGCUCCUCCCCCGACCCCUAGACUCCAUUCCAGCAGAAACGCUCUUGGACCAACUUCAGGAAGUCCAAGAGCCACCUCAAGAGAAGCCACAGCCACCCUACAGUCAAUCCCUGAAGAAGGCCAAGUCACCACCUCUGCCCCAAAGCGAAAAACCAGUUUACAUCGGCAAAGCUCAAGUCCUCAAGGUGCACUCCGGCAAGGAUGAAGAGGAAAAAGCAUCCAAGCCAAAGUCAGAGAGCUGAGGAUGCCAGAGCUAGGUGACUUCUCCAGCUUCCAUCUCAGGUGGUCCCCAAAUUCCAGGAGUCCCUGGCCCGCCACCUCCUCAGAGCCCCUGAUCGCCUACCACAGAGCCUGCUAAUAAAGCCCUGUCUUCCUUCGGAGGGGACAGUCCCACUCA